UUGCUCUGGGGAUGUCAGUCAGAAUGGCUCCUCCUCUUCCUCUGAUCUUUCUCCUCGUGAUUCACUAUGUUUUCAGUGAAAAUGAUUGGGGUGUGAGUUACAGUCCUUCACACAUCUGUGCACUAAAGGACUCAUCAGUGAUAAUGAGCUGCACUUAUACAUACCCUACUGGAUAUAAGAUCAAGAAAGUGUUCUGGACCAAAAACCCUGUAAAGGGUAAAGAGCAUCCAGAUCUGUCUGAGGAUCCUGAAUACAGUCAGAGGCUUCAGUAUCUGGGAGACACACAGCAGAACCGCACCAUCAGACUGAGUCAUGUGACACAGAAAGAUGAACACAUGUACUAUUUCAGAUUCAUCACUGAUAAACCUGAUGGAAAAUGGCUUGGCAAUCCAGGAGUCACUCUUACUGUCACAGAUCUUCAGGUGGAGGCUCCUGAGAGAGUGACAGAGGGUCAUAAUGUCCGUCUGACAUGUAACAGCAGCUGCACUCUGACUGACAGAGCAACAUUCAUCUGGUACAGAAACUCACAGCCAUUAACUGAGAGAAGAGACGGAAACAAUCAACUCCUGCUGCAGUCAGUCAGAAGAGAGGAUGCAGGCAGAUACAGCUGUGCUCUACAUGGACACAGUUACAUCUCUCCUGCUGCUCAGCUCAGUGUCACGUAUGCACCAAAAAACUUGUCAGUGUCCAUCAGUCCAUCUGGAGAAAUAGUGGAGGGAGAUUCAGUGACUCUGAGCUGCAGCAGUGAUGCAAACCCUCCUGCUCUGAACUUCAGCUGGUUUAAAGGAAGAACUCUUGUAGGAUCUGGAAGAAUCUACAGCAUCUCAAACAUCAGCUCUGAUCACAGUGGAGAAUACAAGUGCAAGUCUAGAUAUGAAAAUAUAGAGAAAUACUCUGCUGCUGUGAAUUUAAACGUCAUGUAUUCUCCCAGGAGCGUCUCAGUGUCCAUAACUGGAUCUGGAGAAAUAGUGGAGGGAGAUUCAGUGACUCUGAGCUGCAGCAGUGAUGCAAACCCUCCUGCUCUGAACUUCAGCUGGUUUAAGGAGAAUCAAAGCUCAGCUGUUGGAUCUGGACAGAGUUUCAGUGCACUACAGAGUGGACGCUUCUACUGUGAGGCUCACAAUCAACAUGGAUCUCAGAGAUCAGACGCUGUUACUGUAACUGUUAUAGGUGGACAUAAUACAGUCCUGUAUGCAGCUGUUGUGAUUGCAGUCGGAUGUGGAGUUUUAUUUCUUAGCUGCAUCAUCAUGUUCUUGAGGAAGAGAAAAGGAGUCAGGCAGAUGCAGAUCAGAACAUGCAGUGUUCAACAGCCUUCCAGCUCUGACAGAAACCACUUUGAUGAUGGUCUGUAUGCUAGAGUUUCGGCCAACAGAACAGAUCAGACCGCAGGAAAAACUCCUGAAUCCACAGAUACUGAGAAGAUCAAGUACGCAAGCAUCCAGCACAUCAGAAACAAUGAAAGCAAGCAUGAGAAUCUGAGAAUGCACCAUCCUGAUUCUGCUGCGAGAAUAGACUGA